CAAUUUUCUCUAUCUCUAUAUAUUCACAUAUUUAUUUAUAUUUAUUUAUUUAGCCGAUACUCACUCUCUCUAUCUCUCUCCCCUAGAGUGAGAAAUUAGGGUUUUACGAGAUCUUAGUUCGAAGAUUGAGAGAGAAGCGCCUCGCGAAGCUCGAUUUGAUAAUUAUUUGUAAGUAUGGCCACUGCUGAGUCAGCAGCGGCAGCUGAUGGUCCUCGUUAUGCUCCUGAUGAUCCUACUCUGCCGAAACCUUGGAAAGGUUUGAUUGAUGGAAAAUCGGGUGAUUUGUACUAUUGGAAUCCGGAAACUAAUGUUACACAGUAUGAAAAACCUGCUGCCUUGCCUCCGCCACUGCCAGCUGGUCCUCAGCCUGUUCCUAAUACGCCUAGUCUAGCACCAAUUCCAGGCGCUCGAAUGAUUCAGCCUAAUGGUGCUUCAGCUCAGUAUGAGCAGCAAAUGGCAUGGGGCUCAUCACGAGGGGAAGUUCCUUAUUCAUCUCAAACAGAUGCUCAGCACGUUGCUCAGCAGGGAGCCCAAGUAGGAUCUUCCAUGCAACACCAGGGGCAUGUAACACCUCAGCAUGGUAGGACGCAAACGAUGGGGCAGCCUAGCCAACAAAUGUUUCCAUACUCUGAUCAGCAAAAACCACCCCAACAAGGAAAUCAGAUUGCGCAGGCUACACAUCAAAUGCCACAGCAGAUGGGGAACCAGACACCAAUGUAUCAAGGCAGUAAUUCAGUAGAGCCGCAAAAUUUUCAUUAUCCGAAUCAGCAAAUGCAGUAUAAUGCAUAUCAGCCAAAUAUUCCCCAUCAGGAUCAGCAGCGAUUGCCACAACAGACUCAGCAAACACAGGUGCAGCAAUUUUCAUACCAACAAGAGCCCAAAGCAGGAUUCUCACAGAGAGGUGAUACAGAUUUCCAACAUGGAAGGCAGAGUGGGUUUCCUGCAUCACAUGCUAAACAAGGUGGCAUGCCAAUUGCUCAGAGUCCGACAUCAGGAACCAACUCUGAUUCAAAACCGCUCAUGGGCGUUCAACCUGGCCAAGGCACACAGUUUGGUGGCCCGUCCUUCAACAUGCAACAACCUCCUUUGGCUCAUCAAACACAAAGUGGUACCGAUUUAGCUUACCAGCAACAUGUUCCUAGAUUUCAAAAUCAGAUGGGCCCAGCAAUGAUGCAUGGCCAGCAUUCUAAUGUUCCAACUGCUGGAUUUAAAAAGGCCUAUGAAGAAAGCCCGCCUGGGAGAGUGGACAAUGAAUAUUUUACGAGUGUGAAUAAGGCUGUGCAUGGUAUGCCUCCUCAGCAGCCUAAGCUUGCAGCAAUUCCAUUGGCUAGAAAUCACAUGGACUCUAGGAUGGCCCCUCCUCUUCAAAAUGCCUUGCAUGCCCAGGCCAUUGCACCUAAUCCAGGCCCUGCAUCACAGGAUAUCUAUAAUCAUGCACUUAAUGUUCCUCCAUAUGCCCGUAAUCCUAUGAGUGGACCUCCAUCAAUGGUCAUGGGAUCUCCUGAUGCUAAUAACAUCUCAGCUGCUGAAGUUUACCGUCAAAAGCAUGAAAUAACAGCAACGGGUGAUAAUGUGCCAGCGCCAUUCAUGUCUUUUGAAGCUACUCGCUUUCCUCAGGAAAUUUUGAAAGAGAUUUAUGCUGCGGGUUUCACUUCUCCAACACCCAUCCAAGCUCAGACAUGGCCUAUAGCACUACAAAACAAGGACAUAGUUGCUGUUGCCAAAACUGGAUCUGGUAAAACACUGGGGUAUCUGAUGCCUGCCUUUAUGCUUCUUAGACAUUGCCGUAACAAUCCUCUGAAUGGUCCAACGGUGUUGGUCUUGGCUCCAACACGCGAGCUUGCCACCCAAAUACAAGAUGAAGUUAUCAAGUUUGGCAGGGCGUCCCGGGUCUCUUGCACAUGUUUAUACGGCGGAGCACCGAAGGGGCUGCAGUUGAAAGAAUUAGAUCGUGGAGCUGAUAUUGUUGUGGCGACUCCUGGCCGGCUUAAUGACAUCCUUGAAAUGAAAAAAAUUGAUUUUAGACAGAUAUCCCUUCUAGUUCUUGAUGAGGCAGAUCGCAUGCUGGAUAUGGGUUUUGAACCUCAAAUUCGUAAAAUUGUAAAUGAGAUUCCAGCGCGCCGACAAACUCUCAUGUAUACAGCAACUUGGCCCAAGGAAGUACGAAAAAUAGCUGGUGACCUUCUUGUUAAUCCUGUUCAGGUUAACAUUGGAAAGGUUGAUGAGCUUGCUGCAAAUAAGUCCAUAACUCAGUAUGUUGAAGUAGUUCCCCAAAUGGAAAAGCAGAGGCGUCUAGAGCAAAUUCUCAUGUCCCAAGAACGGGGUUCUAAGAUUAUCAUAUUUUGUUCCACAAAGAAAAUGUGCGACCAGCUUACUCGCAUUAUUGGUCGUAGCUUUGGAGCUGCUGCAAUUCAUGGGGACAAAUCUCAGAAUGAUAGAGAUUGGGUUUUGAAUGAAUUCCGGUCUGGAAAGUGCCCAAUUUUAGUAGCUACUGAUGUUGCUGCACGAGGGCUUGAUAUAAAAGACAUAAGGGUAGUGGUCAACUAUGACUUUCCUACGGGAGUUGAGGAUUACGUUCAUCGAAUUGGACGAACUGGGAGGGCUGGGGCUACAGGGGUGGCAUAUACCUUCUUCUCUGAGCAGGACUGGAAACAUGCUCCUGACCUUAUAAAAGUCCUGGAGGGAGCUAACCAGCCCGUACCUGGUGAAAUUCGAGAUAUAGCUCUGCGCGGGGGACCAGGCUUUGGGAGGGAUCGAGGUGGGAUGACUCGUCCGGAUUCUGCUGGUGGCCGCUGGGAUUCUGGUGGGCGUGGUGGCAUGAGGGAUGGAGGAUUUCCUGGCCGUGGCGGCAUGAGAGACGGGGGCUUUGAUGGUCGUGGCGGGAUGAGGGAUGGGGGAUUCGGUGGCCGAGGUGGGAUGAGGGAUGGGGGAUUUGGUGGUAGGGGUGGAAUGAGGGAUGGGGGAUUUGGUGGUAGGGGUGGAAUGAGAGAUGGCAAUUUUGGUGACCGCAGUGGUAUGAGGGAUAACAAUUUUGGUGAUCGUGGCAGUAUGAGGGACGGCAACUUUGGUGGUCGAGGUGGAGCUAGGGGUGGGGGAUUUGGUGGUCCUGGUGGCGGUCGUGGGGGCUGGGAUAGGAAUGACCGUAGUGGUCCUCCUGAUCGAUACAACAACAUAGAUGGUCGCGGAAGAGGCAGGGGUAGGGGGCGUUAUGACAACAGAAGUGACCCUGCAGGUCGAAGCCGUGACAGAAAUUAUAGCCCCAGUCCAGAUAGAGGCGUCCGAACAUGGAUCGGCCGUGGAAGGAGCAGGACUAGGAGCAGGAGUCGUAGCAGGAGCUGGAGCAGGAGUUAUAGCAGAAGCCGGAGCUGGAGCCGCAGCCGGAGUCCUAGGCGCAACCGGAGCCGAAGCAGGAGUCCAAGACGCAAUCGUAGCCGCAGCCGAAGCCGCAGCUGGAGCCCCAGGAAAGAGAGACGACGUGAGUCUAAGUUUGAUCAGAUGGAGGUACCGGUUGCUGAAGCGCGUCCUGAACCUGGCACAUCUCAAUUCCCCCAAGUCCCACAAAACAUGGCUUCCUUGGGGACAGAGAAUGUUGAUCAGUCCCAGGUCAUUGAUAGCAUUAAUUCCGAUCCACCCAUGUCUACAUUUGACAAUUCCGGUCCAGCUGGUGAACCUUAAGUUUUAAGGUCUGUUUUUUGUUCUCUGGUUAUCAUACAUCAAGGCAACUGAAAUGACCAAGGAUUUGUUUGAUUGUUGGCAGCUCCUGGUGUCUCCAUCGUCGCUAGCUAUGGCCCUAUUUUGCGGACUGCAAUCUCACCAGCGUAUUAUCCUAGAUGUAUUUUUAGUUUCCAAUGCUUAUUUGGUAUUGGGGAAGUGUAGUCUCUCCUCUUUGAAUUUACAACUGUGUACUUGUAGUUGAGCACUUGGUUAUGGCUCUAUGGAUUUAAGAGUGUCUAAUUCAAGGACUUGACAAAAAAAGUUCUUUUAUAUA